AAAAUAUUUUAACAAGAUUUUACCAACACAAAAAUCGCCAAUGGACUGCCCGGGAAAAGCUUUUUGUUAUUACUUACCUAGAAAGAGUACCGGGAGCUACUGUGUGUGGAAUGGCUGAUUUGUUUAAAAUUCAACCAAAACAAAUUAGAGAUUGGCGUAACAAAUGGAGUGAACUAAUGAUGGCUCAACCACAUGUGAAACGUCUUAAUAGUGGAACGAAAUCUAGUUAUCCUGAUCUUGAGGUUGAACUUGCUGACUGGAUUCGAGUUCACCAUAAUGAAUUGAAGCCAGUUAGUCGUAGUAUGGUGCAG